AGGACUCGGGGCCAAAUUAAAAUCCUGUACCCCCUCCACCACCGUCCUCCUCCUAACGAUAUCAAACCAUUUUGCAUACUGACUUCCGCCCCGUUUGGCUCUCCCUCCCUCGUCUGCAUCAGCCGGCGAGCAGCUAGUAUGACAGGAGGAUACAGUAUCACCCAGAGCCAUGAGGAGCUGACUUAAAAACUUCAUUUAGAAAGUAGGCGGAUGUCGUGUGUGGUCGAUAUAGGUCACAGAAGGAUUAGUGGAAACGCAGGAGGAAGCCAAUGUAUUUUUUUUGAUGCAAUGGGAUUUGCUACUUUCGUAUGAAGAGGCGGACCUAUGAGACGCUGCGAGUUCAAUAUGCUGAAGCUGUCCUCGGUGUUUGUAUACUUCCCACGGAUACGAAAGACCAGAUUUUCACCUCAUUUUUCCACCAUGAGUUACAUCCACAAGGUAUUGAAUGUAUUGCUACGUGGACUCGUCAUCUAUGCGGUACUGGGCUUGGAGUGCACUUACUCGGAUGAUCUACCCAGCCAGCCAUCUGAUGCUGCAAAUGUAGCCACUACAGACCCCUGUCUUAUAGUGAUGCCACCAUGCAUGGGCGAGGCCGACCGCUUCAGUCUGGAGGCGCUGCGGCACAUCCACAAACAGCUGGAUGAUGACAAUGACGGGGGAAUAGAGGUCAACGAAAGCGUGGAGUUCAUAAUAGAAGACAUGAAGCAGCAGCAAACCAACAAACACAGCAACCUGCACCGUGAAGACCAGCACAUCACCGUGGAGGAGCUGUGGAAAGGCUGGAAGACCUCUGAAGUCCACAACUGGACCAUGGAGGACACGGUGCAGUGGCUGAAGGAGUCUGUGGAGCUGCCGCAGUACGAGCAGAACUUCAGGGACUUCCGGGUCACGGGGAACACCUUGCCUCGAAUGGCGGCAAACGAACCAUCGUUUAUGUCGAUGCAGCUGAAGAUAUUAGACCAGCGGCACAAACAAAAACUCAACCUAAAAGCGCUAGACGCAGUCCUGUUUGGGCCUCCUCUCCGUCCACAACAUAACUGGAUGAAAGACUUUGUCCUGAUGGUCUCCAUCGUCAUUGGUGUUGGGGGCUGCUGGUUUGCAUAUGUGCAGAACAAGUCCAGCAAAGUGCACAUCUCCCAGAUGAUGAGGGAUCUGGAGAGCCUGCAGCAUGCGGAGCAAAGCCUCUUGGACCUGCAGAGUCGGCUGGAAAAGGCUCAGGAGGAGAACCGGACGGUGGCUGUGGAGAAGCAGAACCUCGAGCAGAAGAUGAGGGAUGAGAUCACUGGGGCCAAAACAGAGGCUCACCGGCUCCGAGAGCUGCGAGAGGGCGCUGAAUGCGAACUCAGCCGGCUUAAAUACGCUGAGGAGGAGCUCGUACAGGUGCGAAAGGCUCUGAAGCGAGCGGAGAAGGAGCUGCAGUCGGAGCGAUCGGUGCCAGAAGCUCUUCAGAAGUGGCUCCAGCUCACGCACGAGGUGGAGGUUCAGUACUACAACAUCAAGAAACAGAACGCAGAGUUUCAGCUGUGCGUCGCCAAAGAAGAGGCAGAGAAGAUAAAAAAGAAAAGAGGUUCUGUGUUUGGAACUCUUCACGUAGCCCACAGCUCAUCGCUGGAUGAGGUGGACCACAAGAUACUAGAAGCAAAAAAAGCCCUGUCAGAGGUGACGGCCUGCCUGAGGGAGCGGCUGCACCGCUGGCAGCAGAUUGAGAAGCUUUGCAACUUCCCCGUCGUCAACAACUCGGGACUGCCGAGCCUGACGGCCAGCCUCUACUCAGACCACAGCUGGGUGGUCAUGCCGCGAGUCUCGGUGCCUCCGUACCCCAUCGCUGGGGGAGUGGACGACCUGGACGAGGACACGCCUCCCAUCAUUCCGCAGUUCACAACGACCACGUUGAUCCGGCCCCCGCUGACACGCAGCAGCAGCCUGUGUCGGUCCCGCCGGAGCCUGCUGAGCUCCCCACAGUCCUCACUGUUGUCCCCAGACCCGGACCUGCUGUCCAUGGCCAGCUCUUCCCUCUCCUAUCGUCCCGAGGCAGAUGACGAACAUAUCAUGUUCAGCUCGGAUAGGAGGGGGUAUGUAGCGUUGGCCGGAACACCGCGGAAUGGUUUUACAGUUUGGACUCACAGAGAACCGGCUCAGGAGGGCAGCUCUGACACAGACUCUCUCAGCUCCUCCAUGGGCUGCAAGCAGCCGCACAACCCCUGCACGCCGGGCUCGGACACGCCUUACCGCAAGAUCUCCCGUGAGGAGCUGCUGCUGUUCGGCCAGAGCCCUGAGCUUCCCGCCUCCACCACCUCCACUACCAGCAGCAGCAGCAGCAGCAGUCUCAGGGACUCCACGCCUCCCCCUAUGCCCCCCACUCCGGUCACCACCCCUUCGGGCCCGCCCUCCACCUCGCCUUCCCCGGCCUUGGAGCACCACCCAUUCGCACACAGAGGCUCGCCCGACCUCACCCGAAUCAUACCCGAGUCCCAAAGCGCAACCUUCUCACAGGGGAACGUCGUCUCUCCGACGGGCAAAGGCAUGUACAACGGCAUCCUGGAGAAGUCUUACAGCUUCGGCCAGCUGCCCGCAAGCAUGCUACCCAACGUGGGGCGUUACCCAUCUCUUACCUCCCUGGACUCGGAGGGCCGGAGCAUGGGAAGGGAAUACAAGCUUCAGAGCACCUCCUCCCAGGACUCGAGCGACAAUGGGGAGAAAAUUAAGCGCUCCUCCUCUAAAAUCAAAAGCUUAUUUAAGAAGAAAAAAUAAAACUUGCAGUGAGGUUGUGUGAGAGAGAAAUAAAACGUAAGGAGUUGUUUUAUCCCUACAAAUAAAAACACGGACAUCCCUAUAAGCUGAAACAUUUCAUUUUCUCUCUUGGUUUCUUUUUUGUUGUUAAAGGCGGAAUGUAGCUCAGUCUGGGUGCCUUUAAACGCCUCAGAUUGGUAGCCUUAUUUUACAAUAUUGCCCUUUCAUUUUGUUCUUAUAGCCGCACAGGGGAAAGGUGAAAGGUCAUGACACCUGUCCUCCAGACAGCCAACACACGCCCCGUUCACUGUCUUCUGUCCGUAUUGGUUUGAACCAAAAAAGCUACUACAUGUUAAGGAUCUAAAGGUAUUUCUCCUGUAACUAUUUAAAUUACACUUUCACUUGUGACAGCAGCACAUCAAUAUCACAAUUUCUUAAAACAUAAUUAAAUGUCUGAGUGACUUCUCUCAGUUCAAACUGUGGGUUACAUCUUGCUUUGAGUCCUAAACUCAUUUACUUGAUUGAUUUCCUUUGGGGGAGGGGGGAAGAAAAAAAUCCUGCUAAAAGUUUGUUGCACUACUACUUUCCUAGUAUUUCAGGAGAGAGUCGCUGCUUGCGGAGUACAUAGUAAAUAAAGUCAAAGAGAUGAGAGAAACACAUUAGCAGCAGCAGUGGAGACGCAGCAUGAUGCCAGAGCCAAAAUUAUCUGAUGCAUCUUCAAUGCUGCUACUCAUGGAUGUCUCAAUAUAUAUAAAUAUAUAUAUAUAAAUACUUUGUUUUCACGUUAUUAUAUUGUAAUAGAUGUUUUUAAAUAGAUUUAUAUUGGUGGGGGUUCCUAUGAACUGAUCUUUACUGAAUAAAGUUUAUUAAAUAUGCAGAUUUAACCCACACCAGUCAAUUUCCCUGUAUUCUAGCGUUCCUUAUUACUUGAUUAACUGUGUCCUGUAGCCAGAGCGACAUAUGAUUUCCAUUUAUUUGUCUUAAAUACUGUGUCACCACCAGAUUUUGAUCAAAUUGUCUGUGAAAAUGAUUCUCUUUGUGUUUGGAGUGCCAUAUUCACGCCGCAAUUAAGGAAACACGAGUGCCAGGACACGUAAGACAGUUACAGGAAUGUCAUGUAAAAAAAUAACAAAAAAGUUUCUGUAAUCAGCAGCUGACUGUCUCUAAAGAUGUUUCCUCUGUCAUCUGUGUGUCCAGGCUUUUUAAAGACAAACCCUAAGGAUUAUCUGCUUUAGAAAAAGGAACUAUUUGAUCUAGAUUUGAUCGAUUACCCCCUCAGACGACCCUCAUAUAGAAACACUACGCUCGAAGCCGACCCAUGCAAUACAGAACGAUCUCACCUCCGGGCUCGCACCGAGCACACUGAUGUCAAGAGCUCCUGCUUCACACUGUGAUUACUGACUCCCUCCCUUCAUCCUGGACCUGGCCGUCACUGCUGCAGACUCGUCGGGUCGUGUGACGACUGUGACAGGGGUGACUCGAUGAAAUGUCAGGAAGGUGGGGUGGGGGGGUUGAUGCUGCGUACGAGGUGUGUCUGGGUGACAGGACGACACCAUCACAAGAGGAUCCAAUGGCCUCUGUUUUUACAGAAAAGAAAAACAUAUAUAUAUAUAUAAAAUAUGACAGCACACAAUGAAGGAGCUAAAAGAACUGCAAGCCGAGGAGAAUAUGAAUGUUUACGAGACGGGGUUUUUUGAGAACAUUUUGUGUGUGAAUAUUUGUAUACUGUAGGAGAAUUAAUAAAAAAAAAAUGGAGGUAU